AUGUCUGACACAAAAAAAAUAUUUCUUGGAUCUAUUGUUUCCUCGUCUUCAUUUAAAGACUUGUCAUUUGCCGGCUAUCUGGCCACUGCGAAUGGAAAGAUUACUAAAUUGGGUUCAAGAGAAGAGUACAAUUCUUUACAACAAUCAGGCGCAUUUGCAGACCACCAAACUAUAACUUUGAAAACAGAUCAGAUACUAAUUCCUGGGUUUGUGGAUUGCCACACUCAUGCCCCCCAGUUCCCUAACUUAGGCAUUGGGCUUGAUAGACCUUUGUUGGAAUGGUUGGAUAAAUAUACUUUCCCGUUAGAAAGUCAGUACAAAGAUGUGGACUUUGCUGCCCAGGUUUACGACAAGGUUGUGCAAAGACUUCUAAUCAAUGGCACCACAACAGCCUGCUAUUUUGGCUCUCUGCAUCUUGAAGGUACAAUUGAGCUGGCGAAGACUGUGCUGAAACAUAAGCAAAGGGCACUGGUGGGCAAAGUCAGCAUGAACCUCAAGAAUGAUGCUGGAUAUUAUAACGAGACUGCUGCUGAAUUGGACCAAGUGGAGAAGUUUGUGCAAAUGAUUUUAUCUUAUAAGAAUGACUUAGUGCAACCAGUAAUAACACCAAGGUUUGCAGUAAGUUGUGAUGAGCCUCUGAUGACUGGUUUGGCAAAGAUAGCCCAGAAGUAUGACUGCAGGAUACAGAGCCACAUAUCUGAGAACCUGAAAGAAAUAGAAUAUGUGUUAGAAAUGUACCCAUCUUGUACAAGUUAUGGAGAAGUAUAUGACAAAAGUCAAAUCCUCAAUAACAAGUGCAUCAUGGCCCACGCGGUCCACCUAACCGAAGCAGAGAUGUCGCUGCUGGCGGCGCGAGGAGUGUCGCUAGCGCACUGCCCCGCAUCCAACACGCGGCUGCGCUCCGGGCUGUGUCCCGUGCGCAAAUACCGCCAGCGAGGGCUGCGCGUGGGCUUGGGGACAGACGUGUCAGGCGGAGACAGCGCGUCGAUACUAGAUGCUGUGCGCAGGAGCAUGGACGUGUCCACGCAUCUGGACCUGCAGGCGGGAGGAGACAACGCCAUUAGCUGGAAGGAAGCGUUUUACUUAGCGACUAUGGGAGGCGCUGAAGCUCUAAACCUGGAUCACAAAAUCGGCAACUUUCAAGUGGGCAAAGAACUCGACGCUCUUCUGGUAGACGUGUACGCCGCCGGCAACAUCGACCGGCACGAGUACACCCUGGACAAGACGGAAGAGGAACGCGUCGCAAGCCUCCUGCAGAAGUUCGUGUAUCUGGCCGACGAUAGAAACAUCUUGCAAGUUUACGUUAAGGGCGAAUUAGUCAAAGAUAUAAGCAAUUGAGUAAGGUUAAAUACGUUGGCAAGUGCGCCUACAGAUAAAAAUAUAUUGAGAAGUCAAUAAGUGGAACUGUUUGUGUUCGGUUGACGCACUGUACCCAGUGAAGAGAAAUUAUAUUAGUAAUAUUAGAUAUAGUUCGUUUUUUUUAGCAUUAGAAAGAACUUGAAAGAAGGUAAGCGAUCAAGACAUGUCUUUUAAUUGAAAAACGCUUUUUAAAAAUCAGUAACUAUUACUUAUGAAAGCAGAAGAAUAUAAAUGAUUGUAUUAGAUUCAUAACUGUUACAUAUUUGCCGUAACUUAUUUUUAAAAUGUGUUUUUCCAUUAAAAGACAUAAAGAUUGUUUACCUUAUUUCUAAUGCUAAAAAAAACGAACUUUAGGUAUGUCGCUGGAAAUUAAUAAAUGCAAUAACUUUAAUUUAUUAUUUUUUAUUCUCGUGUAAUUUCUUUAUAAUUCGUGUAGAAAAUGUGCAAAUAAUGUGACAAUAACAACUGAAAUUAAUAAGCGAAAUACCAUAUUGAAUACUAUCAAGAAUCAAUAUUAAAUUGGAUUCCAUUUAAUUUCAGAAAUACAUUUUAUAAUGUCAAAGAAAGUUAAUGAAUUUCCGUUACGUUUAGUAGUAAAAAUAUUAUAUAGAAAUGCUUUUAUAGUAACA